AAAACAGUGGACAUUACCGAUCUUUAUAACUUUCAAAAAGGAUCUUAUCACGCUCAUAUAUAGAUAGCUUCAUUUUAAAGGAAAAAGAUUGUACAAUGUUUACAUAUAUUAAUUCUCCAUUUAAAUAUUUGUUUCGAUUUAUUUGCAUAUUGGUUUGAUAUUUUAUCUGUACUUUCAAUCUUAUCUUUUACGAUGUUACCAAGUGAGAUAUACAAUUCACAGAAGACGAUUCGAAUGAUACCUGUUGGUAACAAACUGAAAUCGUGAGUAUAACUUAACAGGUAACUAGAGACCUUAGUCUCUGUAGGUAACAUACCAACUGCGUUAUCUGGAAGAUGUUUUACGCUUCGUCAAAGAGGUCGCCAGAAUCAGAUAUCAGUGCGCAGAAUUCACGGAAUUAUUAUCCGUCCAAUCGUGUUUGAUCGUGUUAGGAAGCGAUCCAAAAGUUUGAACUGCUUCAAUGUUUCAAUUUAACUUAUUUUGAUAUAUCUUCGUUUAAAGUUCAUGUCACUGUUGCACAGAAGAAAAUAUAGAUAUUUAGAUAUCAGAGAAUAAGUGCAGAUAAUGGAUAAUUCGACCAUAAAGAGUCUAAAAGCAGCUUUUGGUUCUGAUUUUCAACGAUAUUGUACACGUCAUAAUAUAGUAGUGAAACAAGAUAAAUGCAGUGCUUUUAUGGUACCCAAUACUAGAGUUCUAGAAACAUGCAUCGACGUCCUUGAUGCAUCCUCGUUGAAAAUAGAUAAUCGACUAAAAGAGAUACAGAGUUGUAAAUCGUCCUUACCUGUCUCAGAUGAAGGAAACUUUCUCCAAAAAAGAUUACAUAAUAAAUCUAAGAUUAAUAAAAGAAGGAAAGAAAAGUUUUGCAAAGAAACAACAGAUGUUUCUUCCAUUUUAUCUCAGGCUAAUGUACACCUACAAAUUUACGUGUAUGAUACAUCUUCAACUUUACCUAGCCAGACAGUUGAUACAAUUUCCAACGACUAUAUUUUAAAUACUGCCAAGAAUGGAAAAGAAAUAUAUGAAUUCAUUAUACAAAAAACAAUGAGAGACAUUAUCGUUGUUGACUAUGAAAGUUCCAUCUCAUCUAUUUCUUUCCUCUUAGAACAGUUUCAGAAGCAGCAUAAAAAAUUUAAUUAUUCUGCUGUUUUGAAUCACUUAACCCAAAAACAAAAAGUUGAAGAAACAUUAAAAUGUAAUUAUGAAGUCAGCGUAAAACAUUUAAAGUCAUUCUUUGAUCUUAUACUUGCUAAAGUAGUUCCAUUUAAUGUAUUUGGAAAGUUAAGGAAUCAUAAAAAAAUUAAGAAAGGGAUGUCUCAACUUUUGAAUAUACCAAGAUUUAAAUCCUUUAAUUUGAGACCAGUUAUUGAAAAAUUAGAUAUCUCUAGCAUUACAUGGUUAAAAAAUAUACAAAGCACAGAGACACAAUUGCUUGUUAUAGCAAAAUUUGUUAAGUGGUUUUUUACUGGAUUUUUGAUUAAAAUAUUACGUACUCAGUGUCAUGUAACUACACCCACUACAAGAAAUAAUGAAAGAGUAUAUAUUAUACGUUCAACUUGGUGCAAUGUUCAAAAACACUUUGUUAAAAAAAGAAUACAUAGAAAUUUUUUACAACCUGAUAUUGAAUGUAAGGAAUGGCGACCGCCGAUAGGUGUUUAUAAAUUAUGCCCCAAGUAUUCUAAUGUACGACCUAUACUUGUAUCAGAACACAAAGCAGAUGACAAAGAUAAUUUAAAUAUAAUUUUCAAGUUCCUCAAGCAAUUGACUAUCACAGAAUAUGGAUUAACCGAUUUUAAAGAGAAAUGGAAAUCAAUUAUUCAAUACAAAAAUAAUUCGAAGACUGGAAAAUUUUACUUCGUGUCUAGUGAUGUAGUGGAUGCAUUUGGUUCUAUAAUACAGAGUCACUUGUAUGAUGUCAUACAAUUACUUUGUGAAAAGCUUCCCGAGGAUUUAGAACUCAAAUUAUAUGCGAUUAAAAUUAAACAGUACCCACAGAAUACUAUAUGUUACAAACAAUAUUUUUCUGAUUCCCAUUUACAAUUACCUUUGGCAUCUGGUAGUUUAUAUUCAUGUAUAAAUAAUGACAACCCUCAGUUGAUAAAAAAAAAAUGGUUGCUAGAUAAAAUUUGGAAAUAUAUAUUUUAUCAAAGGGUUAAGAUACGUAAAAAGACUUAUAUUGUAGGAAAAGGAGUUUGCCAAGGUACAAUGUUAUCGCCUAUUUUUGCAGACAUAUAUUAUAAUUUUAUUGUGUAUAAACACUUGAAAAUAUUUCUGGAAUGUGGAAAAAUGAUAAGAUACGUGGAUGAUAUUUUAUACGCAUCUAACAAUGAAAUUCUUGCAAAAGAAUUUUUACAAAUAACGAAGAAGGGUAUACCACGAUAUAAUUGCCGCUUCAAAGAAUUGAAAACUCAGAGUAAUAUUUAUAGUCAUACAAAUACAAGUACAAACAGCAUUACUUAUAUUGGUUACAAAAUUAAUUGUAACACUUUAGAGAUAGAGCCCACAUAUCUCGAUACAGGUGUACGUUACUUAACAUCAUAUUCUUUAAAAGAUGAUUUAACUCCACUAGAACUUUUUAAACGGCGGUUACAUAGUAUGACAGGUUUGAAAUUAUCAACAGUUGUCAUAAACACUACAAUUAACUCCAAAACUACAAUCAUAAAAAUAUUACAAGAGGCGUGUUUAUACCAUGCGAUACGUACUCACAUUUUGAUAAAAGAAUUAUCUAUCGACGUAGAAAGGAAUUUUCAAAAUAUUUUUAAAAUAAUUAAAAGUAAUAACUGUAAAAUAGCAAGAUAUGUGAUAAAAUCUUUAUUAACAUUUGAAGAAGAAAUGAGCAAGUUGGACGUGUACAUGUGGAACUUAGAAGUUAUUCGUAUUUUAUGGAGAUCUUACAAAAAUGUUUUUAAGAAGGACAAGACUUUACGAAAAUAUUUUCAUUGAAAAUGUUUAAAGUGUGCGCAAGUUUCGGUAGCGCCGACGGACGGAAACGCGCGUAGAGGUAUUCCAACAAAUUAGAAUGGUUUAUUGAAGAUUUUCAACCUUAAUUAUCCCUUUAAGAAAUGUAUGCAUAAGGACAUCUAUAAUAUGAAUAUUAUAGUGUUGCCUACUAAACAUUAAAUAAACUGUUAAUUCAAUUUUACUACAGAUUUGUGCGUUUAGUCGUCGGGGGUGCUAAUCAUGAGUUAAAAAAACUAAUUCUUCUCUUUGACCGUUAAACAACUAUCAUUAUCCGGGUUGUGAAAACACGCGGAUAAAUUUGUACGUACUAUAGUACGUUGGAAUACUCGUACUCGUUGCGAACGGUCAAUUUCACGCGUGGGCUAAUCAGAUGCAGCCAACUGCAGUGCCUGUCGAUGCCGCAGCGCGCAUACGUGUGUUGCCGAAUUUUGACUCCAUGGAGAGGAUGUGCAUACAGGACAAGACAUUUAAAACAGGUCACCCGAAUAGCUUGCCUAUCAUUGGCGAUGGGAACAAACUCACGAGAUCAAUUUUCUUACUUGCCUUCUAGAAGAAUAUUUUAAGAUACGUACAGUGACCUAUGGUUAAAGGUCAAGUACGAUGGAAUAUAAUUUAUUUCAAGAAACCGAUCGAACAUUUCGAUGAUUUACUUAUUUACGUGUACACUGCUAAAAUGGAACUUAGAAAUAUUCAUGCGCACCUACCCUCUUGCUUCAGCUUCGACCAUAAACUGUCGAGUGCAAGGGUCGUUUGAUAUAAUGCUGUUUUCGAGAAUUUUCCGCAAGUGCAACUCCGUCUACGGCAUUGUA